CGUCUCUCUGCGCGCUGAGCGGAGGCGCGUCUGGUCUGGAGUUUAUUCUUCAUCAAUGCACUACAGCUUUGGUAUUAUUCGGGGUUUAAGGAGGCGUGUCACGCUGUGAAAGGAAAAUACUGACUGAUGGGUGGCUAAAUGGAUUGAGACGGUCUGCCGAGAGAAAGAGUAAGAGAAGAGAGUGAGAUGGAGAGUGAGGACGAAUAAUCCAGCUAAUCCAGGCCAAUCCCAGCCGUUCAGAUUCCUCUGGAGCCACGGACAAAACACUGCGGAUCACAAGCGCGUCUGAUGUGCUUUAGACGGGCUGUUUGGGGGAUCCUGGGAUGCCAAAGGCCUGCGCUUGCAUCUGUUUACAUUUGAGGAGCACAUCAUCAUCAACUUGAUAUUUUGGGACAGACCUUUUGGAUUUGGUUUUAAGGAUCAUUUAAGUCAUAUUUCUCAUCAUGAGUCUGGGAAAGUUGCCGGCGAUCAAAGGCCUGGUAUCCACGUCUCAUGGCAAACGGCGGUUUAAGAGUGACCUGUCGGUGGACAUGAUCAGUCCGCCACUCGGUGACUUCCGCCACACGAUGCACGUAGGCCGCGGUGGGGACGUCUUCGGUGACACUUCGUUUCUGAGCAACUACGGUGGAUCAGGUAACAGCGAUGGCCUACGGUACCCAGAUUCACCCGCUGGCUCCAAACCGGCACGUUUUUUGUCAAGAACGUUACAGCACGUACGAAAGACUCCUCUGCCCCGGUUGAGAGGAGGGUCACGUGACUUCUCGUCCCCUCCGCCGCCCAUCUCGCCCAUCAUUAAAAACGCCAUCUCUCUGCCUCAGCUCAACAUGAGCAACGACGGCCUGAUGAGGGCGCUGCUUCCCACCUCCACCAGCUCACCGGACAAGCUGUUCUGCUCCUACGGUCUUCAUUCUGGUUUCCUUACACUGCCUCGUUUGUCCCAACUUGACCAAAGCUUUGCAGAAACGUCUGAAUUGCUCAGUGAAGACAGUCGACGGAGUUCCUUACUGGAGAACAGCGAGGUUUCAAUGACGCGAUCUGAUUCGCUCUUGUCCUUCACGGUGGACCUUGGCCCCUCCCUCAUGAGUGAGGUUCUGGAGUUGAUUGACAGCUCCUGCUGCCUUAUUAAGAGACAUCAAGAUCAAGAGAUUGAGGAAGAAGAACAGCAAAGCUCUGUGUUUGAGACGGAUCAUAAAUGUCAGACAACCGAUGCUUCAGUCAGGUGCCCGAUUGGAUCAGACAUCACUAUCGAGCCCAGGAGGUUCCAGCAGGCUGCUAGCAUGCUAGCACGUCACUUUGGAGGAGAAAGACCUGAAGAGGAGCGUCAGAGACCUUCAUCUUUUAGACACCAGGACACCAUACAGCUUCACUGAGACAGAGGAAUAAAUUAAAGUAUGAACAGCAGAAAUUACACAUAAGAAUCAGAAUCAGAAUGAGCUUUAUUGCCAGGUAUGUUUACACAUACAAGGAAUUUGUUUUUGUGACAGAAGUUUCCACAGUGCCACAGAAUGACAGUGACAAGA